AUGGCUCAUCAGGUUUUCCUUUCAGGAGUUUUGCUCUCGCUUGCAACCAAAGCUUUGGCUGAUAAUUAUUCCACGUAUCCAGAGGUCCCAAAGACUGCUAGUAUAAAUGGGUUUGCUGAUCCCAUCUAUGCUGAACUUCCCACAUGCGCUCAAUCAUGUGUUGAAGAAGACACCGGUAAUACACCUUGCCCUUACUGGGAUACUGGGUGCCUCUGUGUAAUGCUGAAUUGGGGUAAUCCGGUCGCAUCAUGUAUUGCCGAUAGCUGUCAAGGAACAGAUGUAUCUCAAGCUACCAGCUUAGCCUAUUCAAUCUGUUCUAGUGCAGGAGUUGGUGACCCAUACUGGUAUCUUGGGUCAUCUUAUGUUACAUUAUUAGAAAAUGCAGCAGCUGCUACAUCUGCUUCAGCGACGGCGACCGCUAGCUCAACGGACAUCGAAGCUAGCUCAACAGAAACUGCUAGCGAAGGAUCUGCUUCCAGCACAAUAGCAACAAGUUCUGCCGCUCCAGAAAGCACUAAAGAAACUGGUUCCAGCAAAAUAGCCACAAGUUCUGCGGCUCCAGAAAGCACUAAAGAAACUAGUUCAGUCGUUCCAUCAAGUUCUACUAUCAUUGAAACUUCUGCUGAUGUCAAUACCCUUUCUUCAGCAAACACUGCUAUCCCAGAAGGCUCUGCAACAUUUUCCACUGAAGAAGAGUCUUCAUCCGCUAGCUCUUUCUCAAGUGCAACAUUUGCAACAGCAAAUGAAGAAAAUGCAGCAGCAGGAAAUCAGAAUGGCCUCUUUUUGACAGCAUUGUUUGUUGCUUUCAACUUUGCGGCAAUGCUUAUUUGA